GUAUCCUGCAUCUGACUACUAGUGGUCUAGUGCCAUAUUAAUAAUCCGACUGCUGUGAACAUAGUGCUCCGCGAUGACGUAUGAUUUAAGGCGUGAACAAGCUAAAAGUUGGUCAAUAUUCAUGGAUGCAAGAUGUCAGCGUUUGUGGAACGUACCAUGUAAUGAAAAUGCUUCGGCAUCGGAUGUUGCAUUUCCUGUUUCUAUCGGUUUUCUUGGGAUUUCUAUGCGCUAAUAUUGAUGUUGUUGAUGGAGAAAUACGAAGAAAAACAAUAUCGCUGGACGAUUACCGAGGCCGAACGAUUUUAAUUGACUGCAACCAGUACCGUUCCGGUACUAUUGUUCUGCGCCGAGAUCCUUCCCGGUGUAACCAAGAGGAUUUUUUCGUUAAUUUCCGCGUACGCUAUGGACAAGACUGCCACGGUCACUUUCGGUUCUUCCUCAACGUCAGAAAACUGGAACUAAACGAAGAAGAACGAUUUGUUGUCUAUGGCUCUCUGUUUGAACAACGAUUUGGACAAACACUUCGAGAUGCGAUAACUCAACGCAUUUUCGAUCUGCAUGCCGAUCUACCUGAAGUACCCGAUAAGCCAGAGGUCACCGAUAAGCCUGACAAAGAUAAACCCGAUAUUCCUGACACGCCAGAUAUGAUGCUGAAGCUGGGAUAUCUCAUGAACCUUACCACAUUGUCCGUGGCGCAAUACUUUUCUGUACGGGACACAUUACGCCUGGAAUACAAGCAUGGGGUGAAUUGCGGGAAAGCCACGGAAUUCGUCGCUGAUUUUACUCUUAUACAAGGCGACAGUAAUGCGCAAUUUGGAGAACUGUGGUGCCCUUCUCUUCAUGGAUUUCUUCCGCGCGAGCUAUUUUGCGAGGCUUAUCGACGAUCUCGAGUUGUAUGCCCAGAUCGCUUCCGUUGGUCAGAUUUCGGCAACAAUCCCGCUGACAUUUUCAGAGGAUUUGACUGGUGCUCCGAUUAUCAAUAUGAUCAUCAGCACGAAUGGUCGGAUACUCCGGAUACCCCAGACUUGCCAGAUCUUCCCGACACUACGGAUAAGCCAGACGCAACCGAUAAACCCGAUUCCCCUGAUCGUCCAGACACGCCCGACUUACCAGACAAACCAGACCUUCCGGAUCGACCGGAUACUCCCGAUCUCCCCGAUACCCCGGAUACUUCUGAUCUUCCCGAUACCAGAGAUACUCCUGACCUUCCCGAUACCCGGGAUACUCCGGAUCGGCCAGAGCAUCGCCACCGAGUAAACGAAGAAGACGUACACUGGGAAAACGCCAUGUAUCCCUUUCCGGUUAAAUUCACUCCCGGUCCGUUUAAUCCCAAAGACGAACAAGAUCCCCGGUACUACAUGCACUGGUUUCCGCGUCGUCAUGAUCACCAGCGUUACUAUCAUAACUUUGCUAUUCCGGUCUGGGCCAUCGCUCUGAUCAUCGUGGCGGCGGUUAUUCUAGUGGUGAUACUUCCGGUCAUUCUGUGUUGUGUGUGCUGUUGCCGCCGGCGUCGUGAACGCAUCGUGUAUGAGCGCACGGCCAUAACGCCCAAUGCACCCACAAACGCGUAUGGAACUUUUGAAGGAGGUCCGGUAGGAAAAGAUAAUCAAGCGUACCGCUCGACGGAGCAUACUCCUCUUGUUUAUCCUCCUUUGGGCACACCUCAGCAAGCCUAUCAGAGUUCCAACGCAAAAGUGAUGAUGGCCUAAAGAACCUUUGAUAACCAAUUUACAACCUCCUAAUGCUAACUGAUUACUAGCUUUUUAUUAUCAUACGUACAAGUCCUUCACAACAAUUGUGCAACAGUUGGAUACUGAAAAAAUUAAUCACAACAUCAGUUCCGGGGUAUUGCUGUUAAUUUUCACUGCAGUGUAAUCCUGUUGUGUACUGCUAUCCUUUCCAAUUCAUUGUAAUCUUUAAUUAUUACAGUAUUAAGUUUCUAUAAUAGUCUUAUGCACCGAUCAAAUAUUAAAAAUGUGCUUACAGCAUGCAACAAA